AUGAUAUUGGCACAACUGGAAAACUUUGGAUACAUUUCAUUCAAACAAACAUGGCGACACUACAUCACGGCAACAACAACAGUACCAUAGAAUCAACCCUUCUUCUACCUUCACCUGCAGGCACAAAGAAAAAACCACCACAAGACACAUGGAACUUAACAUACAUAAUCUACUUCACACUUGGAAUCGGUUACUUAUUCCCAUUGAACUCAUUCAUUACAACCGUUGACUAUUUCUCUUACCUUUACCCUCAAGCAAGUGUUGACCGUAUUUUCGCUAUAGUUUCCAUACUCAUUAGUCUUUCUGGUCUCUUCCUCAUCAUCCUUGACGGACGCAAAUCUCAUGCUUAUGUAAGGAUCAACGUCGGCCUUGCUUUGUUUGUUUUUUCUCUACUGGUUGUUCCUUUGCUUGAUGUUGGUUAUGUUAAGGGUCGUGUCGGGUUGAAUAAUGGAUUCUAUGUUAUUUUUGGGGCGGUUGGGGUUGCUGGUGUGGCUAAUGCUUUGGUGCAGGGUUCUGUUGUUGGAUCCGCCGGUGAGUUGCCAGAGAGAUACACGCAGGCUGUCAUUCUUGGAAAUGCUGUCUCUGGUAUACGUGUUUCUUUGCUGUGGAUAUUUACAAAAGUUUUUUACACACAAGAUGCCUCCAGCCUGCAAAAGAGUGCAAAUCUCUACUUUACUAUAUCAACUGUGAUUAUGUUAAUAUGCAUAAUUUUAUACAAUGUUGUACAAAAGCUUCCCAUUAUGAAGUACUACAAAGAACUUAAAAUUCAGGCAAUCGCUGCGGAGGAAGACAAGGGUCCUUUGACUGGAUCUGUAUGGAGGUCAACGGUACGGGAUACUGUAAGAAUAAUCAAGUUGUAUGGAUUUGCCAUCUUGCUCAUUUAUGUUAUGACGCUUGCAAUAUUUCCUGAUUACAUAACUUACGAUGUCCAUUUUCAACUUCUUAAGGAUUGCUAUCCGAUUCUCUUGAUUAUUUGCUUUAAAGUGUUCAACUUUGUUGGCAAUAGUCUUGCUGAAGUAUACCUAGUAAAAAAUGCUAAAAUUGCAGUAGGCAUAGCUAGACUGUUGUUUUUCCCUCUUUUCUUUGGAUGCUUGUUCCGGAUCCGGACGGAGAUUCCGGUGACAAUCCUGACUUGUCUUUUAGGGCUUACAAACGGAUACCUGACUAGUGUAUUGAUGAUUUCAACUCCUAAAACUGUAAAGUUGCAGCAUGCAGAGACUGCAGGAAUUGUGAGUAUGGUGUUCUUAAUUUCUAGUUUGGUUGUUGGGUCCGUUAUAGCUUGCUUUUGGGUCAUCUAACCAAGAAAACUAUAUAUCUAGUGACUUCAAAUUAUUUAAGCAUCUUCAUCAUUAAAAU